AUGGCUAAAAGUGUUGAAUCUCUUUUUACUUCUGAUUUUUGGCGAUAAGUGAAUCUAUAAUAUUUUAUGGUAGAAACACCAAUUUAAUUGAAUAUUUAGAAAAAAAUAUACAAAAAAUGUAGGUGUUAAUGUUAGUUUUAGCUUCUCAUUUUGUAAAUAUAUAAACUUAAGGAUUGAUAGAAAAAAUAUUGAAACCUUAAAAAAAAUAUAGAUCCUAAGUUUAGAAGUUAAAUGAAAGCAACUUUAAUCUACAAUUAAGUUUAUUGUUAAUGUAAAGAGAAUAAUCAUUCGAGCCAAUCUAAGAAUUAAUUGAUGAAAUGAUCGACAAGAUUUGUGAUUAAGAAUUAAGAGAAGGAUUAGAAUAAAACAAGAUGCUGCUUAAAAAUAUGAAUUUAUUACCUUAUGAAAAAUAAGUGGAAAUUUUAUAAUAAGAAGCAUCAAUCCUAUAAGACUUAUAAUAAAGAAUUGAUUGGCCUGAUCAAUUAGACUAAGUAAUAAUGGAAAUUGAAGAUGAUUUGAUAAGAGUUUAAGAAAGAAAUAAAAAAUAAUUAAAUAAGUAUGUUUGUUUAUAAACUCUUCUUAGUCUAGCAAAACAUUUAGAAGAAAUCAAUAAAUAUUUAUUAUAUUAAUACAGUGUGAAAUAAAUAGGACAAUUUGCUUUAAGAAUUUCUAGAAUUAGAGUUUAACAUCAAUAAUUUGAGUUAGAGANAUUUUCAUAAUUUUUAGAUCUUCUAAAAAAUAUUAAGAUACUGUUAUUUUAAUAAAAUAUUCUAGUUGAUUGCUUUCAAAUAAUCAUAUAAGUAUUAAGUUAAAUAAUCAGAAAUAGCUUUUAAGAAAGUUAACAUUAAUAUUAUUCAGUACCUUAAACAGUAAAUAUUAAUUUUAAUAUUUAUAAUUUUUAUUUUCUUUGUUACUUUUUUAUUUAGAAACCGAAAAUGAAAUCAAAAUGUUCUAAAAAUUAUAGAUUAAUAAUAUUUGUUAUCCUAAUUGUUUUCUAUCAAAGAAGGAACUUGCAAUAUAAAUUAGGCUGA